UUUGAUGUUGGAUAUGGCUAUGGAUACCCUACUGUUUGACGUUCAUUUGACAAUAGUUGAUUUAAUUUAAAUCGUGAAAAUGAAUUGCAUGUGAGGUUUAGUAUCUGUUAUCUACGUACGUUAUAAAUCAACAGUGGCAAAAUGUUGGUUCUGGUUUUGGGGGAUAUGCACUUCCCACAUCGGUGUAGUAGCUUACCAGCAAAGUUUAAGGCCUUGUUAAUUCCUGGUAGAAUUCAACAUAUAUUGUGCACCGGCAAUUUAUGUACUAAAGAAUCCUAUGAUUAUUUAAAAACUUUAGCAAGUGAUGUACAUGUUGUAAGAGGAGAUUUUGAUGAGAAUCUCAACUAUCCUGAGCAAAAAGUAGUAACAGUAGGACAAUUUCGUAUCGGUUUAACACAUGGACAUCAAGUUGUACCAUGGGGGGAUCCAGAGGCUUUAGCACUAGUUCAGAGACAACUAGAUGUCGAUAUAUUAAUUUCUGGGCACACACAUAAAUUUGAUGCUUAUGAACAUGAUAAUAAAUUUUAUAUUAAUCCUGGUUCUGCUACAGGGGCUUAUAACAUGUUGGAAACAAAUGCUACUCCAUCGUUUGUGCUAAUGGACAUACAGAGCUCCACUGUAGUUACAUAUGUUUAUCAAUUAGUGGCGAAUGAAGUGAAAGUGGAAAGAAUAGAAUAUAAGAAAGCAUAAAUUGUUAUUGAAAUAUAAAUAUUUGAUAUUUUGAAAAUCAUUCCUGAUUAUAUUGAUAUAAUAUUUUAAUUUUAAUAUAUAAU